AUUUUACACGUAUCGAUGUAGUUAAGUGGAAAAAACAAAUAAUUUUUAUAGAUUUUAAAGCGAAUAAUUAAAUUUUUGUUAUUUUUAUUCGCAGCAGAGUGUAAUAAACUAUAAUGUUUGCUAAUUUAAAAAAUAAAUUAAUCGAAGAAGUUAAGGCUUCACCCUCAAAAUUUCAACAAUUUGCUACUGCAGCCCAGGCAGCAGUCUCUUCUUCUACAAGUACACCCAGUGGUUCCGAAUCUACUACCACCACAAAUGCUACAAAUGAGAAUUUUUUCAGUAUUACCGAAGAAGAUACUCCACAGAAUUCGCCUAAUAAACCAUUGAAAUUGUCAGCUGUACGUGGUCGCAAUUCUUCCACUCAAAGUAUUAAUAAUGGAACCGGUGCUAUACCCAGGACUCGUAAAUUAUCAAAUUCUUCAAUGGCUAGUGAUAUUUCAUUUCGUUUACCAUCAUGGGAUGCUGGUUCGGUAUAUCAUCUUCAAUCCGAUUUGGAUGAAUCGGGCAGUGAAAUGGGCGAUACAGCUUCAACCGCUGCCAAAUUAGAUGUCAUAACAAAAGAGCAACUAUUUGAUGCUUAUCGCAAGUCAUUGGAUCGAUAUCAUAAAUAUCGAUGUCGUUAUACGGAUUUGGCAAAAAAAUAUAAAGACCUUGAACGUGAUAGUACUAAGGCAAGGUCCGUACUGGUUGAAACCCAAGAAAAGGCCAUUCGUCGCAUAAAUGAAUUACGCGAGCAAUGCUCUUUGGAGCAGCAAGCUAAAGCACAUUUAGAGGAAGCUUUACGCAUCGAAAUGGACGAUAUGCAGUGCAAAAUGCAGGCCUACCAAACGAAACUCAAAUUACUUGGUGAAAAUCCUGAUAAUAUCGCAAUUGCAUUGGCUGGCGGUAAUAUUGAACAAUUAAUUGAUUUAACUUCAGAAACAGCUAAAUCCACUGAAAGUUCAUCGUUAAUCGCCGUCGAUGAAGUCGUCAAUACUGAUGAUGACACUUUAAAUAAAAUCGAAAAUUUCGAAAAACUUUUGCAAGAACGUGAUCAACAAAUUCUUGAGCUAAAUAAUAAAUUGGAAUUAUUACGCAAACAAGAAGAAGAGAAUGUCCUACUAUUGGCUCAAACGAAAGCAGCCAUACAUUCUGAGUUGGAAAACAAAGAAAGUGAGGUUAAGAAGUUGAGCGAAAACGUCAAACAAUUGCAAGUUGAAUUGCAACAGGCCAAUAAGAAGGAAAAACAAAGCGGUGCAGUAGCAGUGGAAGAAUUAAAUGAACUGAAGGACAAAUUGAAACAAACGCAUAUGGCUAAGCAAGAACUAGAUGCCAAAAUUAUUGCCGCCGAACACAUGCUGCAAGAAAUGCGCGAGAAACAUAGUGAAAAGGAGAAAACUUAUAAAGCCAUUGAAGAGCAGUUGGCAAAGCAAACUAAAGAAAGCGAGACGAAAUUACAAGAUCUGAAACAUCAAAAUCAACAGCUCAACGAAAUGGUAACACGAUAUCAACAGAACGAAAUUUCUCUAGCCGAGGUCGAUAAUGAAUUGAAUAGAACGAAAAAUGAAAACGAUAUUCUUAAAGCCAGACUAACUGAAAAUGAAAAUAAACUGCAAGAAACCGAAAGACAAUAUAAUGAGCGCUUACAGGCUUUGCAGCAACUUCAGGAUGAUGUAAAGGGCAAAGAAGAAAUGCUUAAACAAGCCCUGGAUAAAAGCGAGGAACUGCAACAACAAUUGCAACAGGACAAGUUAAGUAUAGAGGAAUAUCAACAGAAAUCUUUACAACUCGAGAACGAAUUGAGAAUAAUUAAGGAACAAACUACUAACACCGAAUCUGAAACUAUAACUAAUUUGAAAUCGGAACUCGAAAGAGUUACGGCAGAACUUAAUCAACAAAUCAAAACAACCAAGGAACAAUUGAGCAACAAGGAAAAAGAAUUAAAAUCGGUAAUGAAAAAGUCUUCGAAAAAUGAAAAGCAACACGAAACACAUCUAACACAAAUGCAACAACAAAAUGAAGAAAUUGAAAAGCUUAAGAGUGAUCUAAUGCAACAGGAAAAUCUUAUCGAAGCCUUGAGAGACGCCUCCCAACAGAGAGAGCAACAAACCAACGACGAAAAGAAUGAAUUGAAAACACAAAUCAAUGGUAUACUCAAUGAAAUUUCCCAAAUGGAAGAACAGAUGCGUAUAGUUCAGGAAUCGCACCGGGAAUUAGAGAAUGAAAAACUCAAUUUGGAAAUGAGAAUUGAAAAUAUGCAGCAUCAAACUCAAACUACACAAGAAGAUUCCAAGCGUUGGCAAGAAAUUCUCAAUGAAACAGAGGAAAAACUUAAAGCCUGCGAACUGAAAUUACAGACGGUUGAAAGUGAACACACCCAAAUGGCCGAAAAGAAUUGUUUGCUUGAAGAAAAUACUCACAGGCUGGAGAAGUUACUGGCAGAAAAAGAAAGACAACAAGCCGAAUCCGAAGAAGCUUUGGUUAGUGAACUAAGGCUAAAACUUCAGACUACUGAGAAUUCUUUGCAAAAACUGAAUGAAAAAAUGCAAGAAGUAUUGGAUGAAAAUUCUCGCUUGCACAACAACCAAGAGCUUAAUGAUCAUGAUCACAGAAGUCUUCAAGAUCGAUAUGACUCUUUGGAAAAGGAAAAAGCCUGUUUGGAAGACAAUAAACAAUGUCUGGAACAAGAACUUAAUGAUGUGAAAACCAAGGUGAUUGAAGACCAGCAAAGAAAUGAACAAAUUCAAAAUGAUAUGUUACAGCAACAAGAGAAGCUUAAGAAAUUGGAAAAAGAGUUGGAAGACACAGAAACCAAUUUAAGGGAAGAGAAACAAUUAACAGAAAAACUGCAACAGGAACAACAACAGUUGCAGGAACAAUUGGAACUAUUCAAUACCACACAGAAUAAUUUGUCCCAAGUUAAUGAAAUACUUAAAGAAAAACAACAAGCUCUACAGGAUAUUCAAAAGGAAUUGAAUGAUGAAAAAUUAAAACAACAGCAGCAAUUAGAAGAGAGCGAAAGAAAACUAAAAGAGCAAACGGAAAAUUAUCAAACUCAAUUAAAGCAGAAGGAAAAGGAAAUGUUGUUGCUUAAAGAGCAAUUAGCCAGUGAAAAUGAGGAGAAACAUCAAGAAUUAGAAAAGCUUAAAGAGGAAUUAAUAUUGUUAAGAGAACAAAAGGAAUCUCUAAGUGAAGAGUUAUCUGAAAAUAAUGCAAAACUUAAUGGUCUCUUGGCAAAACAACAAGAAUCUGAAGUAACCAACAAAGAAUUACAAGAAAUACAAAAGCAAAAUUUGGACUUACAAGACAAAUUAAAACACUUGGAGGAACUUCAACAAAAUAGCGAAAUGGAAAUUAAAAAUCAUGAGGAAAAUCAACAACGAAUUACAGAAGAGCUGGAGAAAAUGCGCCAACAACAUAUAGAAUUCACAGAAAUUAAGGAAAUUGAACUACUGGAACUGCUGCAGCUUAAAGAGGAGCUUCUUAAGGUACAACUUGAGAAAGAAAAACUUUUAGAUGUUGUCAAAAACUCAGAAUUACAAUUAGAGGACCUGAAAAAGGAACACUCUAACAAAAUGGAGGAUCUAGAAAAAUUACAAGAGAAACUUUUGAAGCAAACUUCUGAAACUAAUGCAGUAGAACAAUUAAACAUUGAAAAUGAGUACUUGAAUAAGCAUGUCAAACAAUUGGAAUCCGAACUAGCUAAGCAGCAGGAAGAAGACAAAAAUAAAAAUAUGGACUCACAUGAAUUAAAAGAGAAAUUAAAAUCUUUACAGUGUGAACUCUAUGUACUCAAAGAAAAUGCUGAAAAACAUACGCAAGAAGUUGAAGAACGAGAAAAGCAGCUACAAGAAAUGAAAUCGCAAAACAAAUUGCUGACCAUUGAACUGGAAAAGGAAAAGAGCGAAUUACAACGUCAAUUAGAACACAUUAAUUAUAUAACAGAGCAAGAUGAUACUGUCCAAAAAGAUCUACUAUUGGCACAGAAUAAAUUAAAAGAUUUCGAAAACAAACAUAACAACGUGACCCAAGAGCUCGAAGAACUAAAAGAACAAACUGUUGAACAAAACCAAGAGCAUCUGAAACAAAUCGAAAACUUGAAAAAAGAUCUUGAACGCAACACUUUAACUAUAGAAACUCUACAAACUGAAGUUAAGGAUUUAAAUAAAGAAUUGGAAACUAAAGAAAAAUUAGAAGAACAGCUACAAGCCUUAAAGGUAGAAUUAGAAGAACGCACGACAGUAAACCAAACACAAGCGAAUACUAUUGAAUCAUCAAAUCAAACAAACAAAUCUUCUCCCACAUCGCAGGAUUCCGAACAUUUACGUAAAAUCAAUGAAACGCUACAGCGUGAGUUAGAAGAACUUAAGCAUAAAUCGACUAGAGAAAUCUCAACACUACAACAAGAUAUGGAAGAUUUACAAUCCACCAAUAAACAAAUGGCCGAGCGAAUAAUGGACCUGGAACGUUUACGAGCUGGUUUACAGGCUCAAAAGCUUUUCGGUUUAGCUGAAAAUCCCACCCCUCAAAACAAUAAUAAUCCCACACCGGCAUCGUCUUCCAGCGACGAGGAAAAACAAGAAUUAGAAACCAAACUAAAAACCAUAAUGGCUGAGGUGCAGGAUGUAUCAAAUCGUAAUAUUUUCUUAGAGCAGAAAUGUGAAAACUAUUUGAUAUUGGAGCAAUCGAAUGAGCGUUUAAAAUUACAAAACGCUAAACUGUCUAGGCAAUUGGAUGAAACGUUGGUAUCCAUGCAACACAAUGAAGGUAUUUCAGCUAAUACAGAAUUUGAGUACUUAAAGAAUAUUAUGUUCCAGUAUCUUACUGGUUCAGCAAAUGGCAACAAUGAAACAUUGGUUAAAGUAAUAUCUGCUGUUUUGAAAUUUUCUCCCCAGCAAACACAAGUGGCUCUGGAAAAAGAACAUCAAAGAAGGUCGUUGAUAAACAAAAUUCUAUAGCACGAAAAUGAAAAGAGUUACUACAUAUGGUAGCAAUAGUUUAUUAAUUAUUAAUAACAUUAAUUCAUUUACAUACUAAUCCAAUAAACAUAAAAUAUUAUAUAAAUAUAUAUUAACGUUUAACAAUUAAUGAUAAUAAUAUUUAAUUAGUCAUAAUUAAACAAUAAUUAGUAAGUUAUGUUAACUAAAUAUCACAUAAAGUACCUUUUUUUGAGAAACAAAAAAAUAGAUACUGUAUUUAUAAUUAUAUACAGCUUUUUACUAACAAUAAACAAAACAAAAAACAUAGUUACCCACACUAAAUUUUAUACAAAAUUAAAAAGAACAUAUUUGAAAAUAAAAUAAAAAACAAACAACAACCAUAAGUGGAAUAUUGUAAAAAAAAUAAUCAAAUAAUUAUUGCAUUUUAUAUACAUACAUAAAUCAAUAAAAAAAAUAUAUAUAUUUAUUAAUUUAAGUAACAAAAAUUACACUUAAAUUAUUAUACUUACUACAUACAACAAAAUUUAAUUUAAAUUAUGUCCUUUUAUUGCCUUAUUGAUUUCAAAAUGGAUUUUAAUUGCUCUCCUGAUUUCAUUGUUUUAGUUUUUACUUAAAUUACUGUUUUUGUUUUAGGUAUAUGUAAUUUUUUUUUUAAAUACGUGCAAUGUUUAUUUUUUUUUUACAAAUAAAAUUUCUUCUGACGUUUUACAUGCCAUAAAUGUUUGUUUAAAAUAAAUUUUUAGCCUAUUAACCUAUAUGUAUAUAUAAUCAAAUAAAUUAAUUAUGUUAAGCGAAUUAAAAAUAAACAAAAAGUUAUAUGUAUGAUUUCAAAAUAAAUCUUUAAAAAUAUACAUAAAACGUUCUCAAUAAA